AUGGCAGCAGAUAUUCUCUUCUCCUCACCCACCGUCGUGACGGGCGAAGAGUCAGCGAUCCCGUUUGUGGCCGACGUUCUGGUCUCUAAUGGCUUGAUCGCACAAAUGGGCGAACCGGGAAGCAUACAUGCCCCUUUGGCGAGGGUAAUUGAUGCCAAGGGGUAUGUACUCUCGCCGGGGUUCAUCGACAUGCAUGCCCAUUCGGACUUGUAUCUGCUCACUAACCCGGAGCAUGAGGCCAAGAUCUCACAGGGGUGUACUACAGAGGUCGUAGGCCAGGACGGCAUAUCCUACGCCCCCGUCCGCAAUAGAAGCCAGCUACAAGCCAUCCGGGAGCAAAUCGCCGGCUGGAACGGCAACCCUACCGACGAGGAGUGCGCAACUCUGCACCGGGGCGUGGGCAUGUUUGAAUGGCGCACAGUGGGCGAGUACCUGGACUGCUUGGAGAGGAAUGAGACGGCGACGAAUGUGGCCAUGCUGGUGCCGCAGGGCAAUUUGCGACUCCUGGCGUGCGGUCCCGACGACAGCGUGGCCACGCCCGAGGAGAUUCAGGACCAGGUCCAGCUGUUGAGGGAGGCCAUGGACCAGGGAGCCAUUGUUGGAAGCGGCUUGACGUACACGCCCGGCAUGUAUGCGUCCACCUCGGAGCUGGGCGUCCUGUGCAAGGCGCUGGCAGACGAGUACCCCGGUGCUUUCUACGCGCCCCAUCAUAGGAGCUAUGGCUUCAAGGCGAUUGAGAGCUAUGCCGAGAUGUUGGACCUCGGAAGCUCGACUGGCUGCCCUGUUCAUUUGACCCACGCAACGCUCAACUUCUCCGAGAAUAGGGGGAAAGCGCCGCUGCUGCUGUCCAUGAUUGAUGAGAAGCUCGCGCGGGGCGUCGACGUCACACUCGACACAUACCCCUAUCUGCCGGGGUGUACGACGCUCGCGGCGCUGAUUCCCAGCUGGGCCUCGUCUGGGGGGCCGACCGAGACGUUGAAGCGGUUGCAGGAUCCGGAGACGAGGGAGAGGAUCCGGGUUGCGGUUGAGGAGACGGGGUGCGACGGGGGACAUGGGAUUCCUACAAACUGGGAAGAGAUCCAGGUUGGAACGACAAACCACCCCUCGAUAGCGGGCUACUCGGGCCGCCGCAUAUCCGAGAUAGCAAGUAGCCUGAGGACGCGGCCGCACGAGAUAUUCUUCGAGGUCCUGGUCAAAGAUCGGCUGGCCACCUCGUGCCUGAUGCACGUCGGCAACGAGCCCAACGUCCGCGCCAUCAUGCAGCACCGCGUGCACAUGUCGGGCAGCGACGCCAUCCUGCACGGCAAGACGACGCACCCGCGCGCGUACGGCACCUUCACGCGCUACCUGGGCCACUACGCGCGCGAGCUGGGGCUCGUCUCGCUCCCCGAAAUGGUGGCCCAUCUGACCAGUCGGCCGGCCAAGAGGCUGGGCGUGUACCCGGCGAGGGGCGUCGUGAGGGUCGGCUCGGCGGCCGAUCUGGUCCUGUUCGACGCCGCGCGCGUCAGGGACAGGGCCACGUUUGACGAGCCCAAGUUGGCAAGUGAGGGCGUGAGGUAUGUGCUUGUCAAUGGAGUUGUUGCGCUGGAUGAGGGCGAGUUGCGCGGCGUGAGGGCUGGCAAGACACUGAGGAGAAGGGGGGACGGGAGUGUUGCGUAA